AGUUGCUGGAAAAGUCAGAUCUUCAUUCAGUGCUGGCCCAGAAGCUGCAAGCGGAAAAGCCAGAUAUACCCAACAGGCAUGAGAUAAGUCCCGGGCACGAUGGGGCAUGGAAUGAUGGUCAGCUCCAGGAAAUGGCCCAGCUGAGGAUGAGACACCAGGAAGAACUGACUGAGUUGCACAAGAAACGAGGCGAGUUAGCUCAGUUGGUGAUUGACCUGAACAAUCAAAUGCAGCAGAAGGACCGGGAGAUGCAGAUUAAUGAAGCAAAGAUUGCAGAGUGCUUGCAGACUAUCUCUGACCUGGAGACAGAGUGCCAGGAACUGCGCAGUAAGCUGCAGGACCUCGAGACUGCCAACCAGACCCUGAAGGAUGAAUACGACGCCCUGCAGAUCACAUUUACUGCCCUGGAGGAGAAGCUUCGGAAGACUUCAGAGGAGAACCAGGAGCUGGUCACCAGGUGGAUGGCUGAGAAGGCCCAGGAAGCCAAUCGCCUCAAUGCCGAGAACGAAAAGGACUCAAGGAGGCGGCAAGCCCGGCUGCAGAAAGAGCUCGCAGAAGCAGCGAAGGAACCUCUACCAGUAGAGCAGGAUGACGACAUUGAAGUCAUUGUGGAUGAAACCUCUGACCACACCGAGGAGACCUCUCCCAUGCGAGCCAUUAGCAGAGCGGCCACUAAGCGACUCUCGCAGCCUGCUGGAGGCCUUCUGGAUUCUAUCACUAAUAUCUUUGGGAGGCGCUCUGUCUCUUCCUUUCCGGUUCCCCAGGAUAAUGCGGAUACUCAUCCGGGUUCUAGUAAAGAAGUGAGGGUCCCAACAACUGCAGCAUGUGUCUUUGAUGCUCACGACGGGGAAGUUAAUGCUGUGCAGUUUAGCCCCGGGUCCCGGCUGCUGGCCACUGGAGGCAUGGAUCGGAGAGUGAAGCUCUGGGAAGUGUCUGGAGACAAGUGUGAGUUCAAGGGCUCCCUCUCCGGCAGUAAUGCAGGAAUUACGAGCAUUGAAUUUGACAGUGCUGGAUCUUACCUCUUAGCAGCUUCAAAUGAUUUUGCAAGCCGGAUCUGGACAGUGGAUGAUUAUCGGUUACGGCACACACUCACAGGACACAGCGGCAAGGUGCUCUCGGCCAAGUUCCUGCUGGACAAUGCGCGUAUUGUUUCCGGAAGUCAUGACCGGACUCUCAAACUCUGGGACCUGCGCAGCAAAGUCUGUAUAAAGACAGUGUUUGCGGGAUCCAGCUGCAACGAUAUUGUCUGCACAGAGCAGUGUGUAAUGAGUGGACAUUUUGACAAGAAAAUUCGUUUCUGGGACAUCCGGUCAGAGACUAUUGUCCGGGAGAUGGAGCUGUUGGGGAAGAUCACGGCCCUGGACUUAAACCCUGAAAGGACUGAACUCCUAAGCUGCUCCCGUGACGACCUGCUAAAAAUUAUUGAUCUCCGAAUAAAUGCUGUCAGACAGACAUUUAGCGCGCCUGGGUUCAAGUGCGGCUCUGACUGGACGAGAGUUGUGUUCAGCCCGGAUGGCAGCUAUGUGGCAGCAGGCUCAGCCGAGGGCUCUCUCUAUGUCUGGAGUGUGCUCUCCGGGAAAGUGGAGAAGAUUCUUUCAAAGCAUCAUAGCUCGUCCAUCAAUGCGGUGGCAUGGUCCCCCUCCGGCUCCCACGUGGUCAGUGUGGACAAGGGAAGCAAAGCUGUGCUGUGGUCGGAAUACUGACGGCGCCUUCUUAGGUGGGAGCAGGUCUGAAGCUAAGAAGCACUCAGGCUGCAGCUCUGCCUGGCAGGUGGCGCAUGGGUGAGCUCUGACCUCCAGAGAAGAGCGCGGGCCAGGUGGCUUUCUUUGGACAGGACUUCUGAGGGUCAGGGCUGUGGUCUCUAGUGCCCUGGAGUAAUGACACUGAAAAGGACCUGCCGCUGCAGCCACUCAGCAGAUGUGGGUCUCGGCCUCCACUCUGUGGGAAACACUACUAGCUCUGACCUUCCAUACCUCAGGGGGCAGGUGGCUCAGCUCCUCACUGCACAGCAGUGCCAACAGCACCCCACAUGGGGGUGUCUCCUUCUGCUUUCUCCCUCCUCCAGAGUCAGUUCUGGCCCUAUGCUUGUCCUGUCGCCUGGCGUCAUUUUCCCAGUGAACUUGCUUUAAUCAUUGUCUUAACAGAAACCCAAACAGAAUUACCCCUGUCCUCAGGUAGCCCCCGGGGACUGCUCCGGUCUCCCGGGAGACAUGCGACUGUGGUCUCCUUGCUAGUUCGUAUCAUUAUCCCGAAGCUCUUACUCUGCUCUCCUCUGAUUACGGUUGGAAUUUUCUUAGGUCCCUAAACUGUUCUUGAAAAGCAACCAUUCUUCAAAGCUCCUGAUUCUACAUAUUUCUUGGUCAAAACGUAAAUCUCAACUUGGUCAAAAGAUAUUUUUUUGAAAGGAAGUGCAGAAUCCUUUUUCCAGAGAAGGGUCUGUGCUGUGGGAGUGGGUGUCUCCCUGGACCUCUCCGCCCCUUCCCAGAAAGUGGGUGCACGCCACAGUCCUGGAGUACAGCUGCGGGACAAGGGACGAGGGCAGUUCAGGGUGUCUCUGGGUCACCACCCCUGUGCCAAGCCCACGCGCAGGGCCCACAUGCAGUGCCUCUUGGUGCUGGAGGCGGGAAGCCCGUUCCAGGAGGCGGGAAUGACUGUCACCUUCCAUUUCAGGAGCUGUGAGCAAGGCCAGGGAAAACUGGCCUGGGGCAUUUUUUUAUAGCAUUUAUCUUUCUCCUUUUACCUGUGUGUAAAAUUUUGGUUCCUCAAGUGACUGAAGCACCAAUAUUUUUAUCACUUUCUAAUUUGCACUUUAUUUGUUUCCUCCCAUGCUUGCUCUCUGGACAGCUGUGGGUGCAAGCCGGAGCCUGGCAGGGGUGAGGGCUCCCUUUCCUCCUGAGGGGUGGGGCUCCCCCGCUGCGCCCUGUCUCCCCUUUUCUGUUAGCCCUUCAGAGAGCUCGAGUUGAGGGGAGUUGAAACUCACAGGCUGGGGCACAUCUUUUAUUUAUUUAACUGUGUUGCCCAGCAGAACUUGAUUGUAAAUAAACAAGGAAUCUUACCUACUUUUCAAA